GAUAUUGAAGCUUCUUCAAACGAACAACGUUGUCCAUGGUAACGGGUCCAGUGUGCGCGCAGAAGAAUCAGAUGCUAGUUAUUUCGACAACCUUAAUUUUCUAACUCCUAUAAUGUCGAUAAACUAGCUAACGUUAUGGUUGAACUAAAUCAAACAACGAUGUGGCGGCUAUAUAGAAUAUACUAAUACGUCAGAGUAUGCAACGUGCAUUCUGACUACAGUUUUAGCGAGACAGCUAAAUUAGCCAACGAGGCUAAUCCCUAUUACAGAAUAAUCCCAAUCUGACAAAAUGCUCUUUGUUCACCUCGCAUGUUAGCCAGCUAUCUUUAUUAGCUAGCUAACGUUGAUUUAGAUACCUGUAACGCCGGUCUGAUUUUUGUUGUUGUUGAUUGUAUUGAUUGUAAACGGUUAACGUUACUGGACAGACACCUUUUGGAUAAUUAAGCGAACGUUAUUAGAUAGCGAGCUAAUCAAUUGAAUUGCAUACUAGUUUUUGCUGACCAAACACUCACAUCAAGCCAAGAACAUCAUGGAGAUAAACCUCAACCGAAUUGAUUAUCUACAGGUUGGUGUGAUAUCUCAGAAAACCAUGAGGCUCCUCCCUGCCUUGGGACGCAAAGCAACCCAAAAGGUUGCUGUUGCUGAUCAUGAUGGUGUGAUAACUUGUUUUGGGAUGAAAAAAGGAGAAGCUGUACCUGUGUUCAAGACUUUGCCAGGGCAGAAGAUAACAAGGCUGGACCUUGGUGGGGCUCUUGGAACCCCACAGGAGAAGAUCUUUGUGUGUGCUGGCUCGGAAGUGAAGGGAUAUACCAAGAAAGGCAAACAGUUCCUGUCCUUUGAGGCCAACCUUACAGAAAGCAUCAAUGCCAUGCACGUUUCAGGAGCAGACCUUUUUGUGUGUGCGAGUUACAUCUACAACCACUACUGUGACUGCAAGGAUCAAGACUACUACCUGUCUGGAGACAAAAUUAAUGACAUUGUGUGCUUGCCUGCUGAGAACUUGGGCCGCAUUGUCCCUGUGUUGGCAUGUCAAGACCGAGUUCUCAGAGUGUUGCAGGGAUCUGAGCUUGUGUAUGAUAUUGAAGUCCCUGGUCCUCCCUCAGUUUUGGAGCUGUACAAUCGAGAUGGAGGGACUAAUGGCGAAGACAUUCUCUAUGGAACUGUGGAUGGCAAACUGGGACUGAUUAGGAUAACUGAUUCCUCUUCCUCUUCUAAAUGGGAGAUUGAUAAUGAGAAAAAGAAAGGAGGUGUUUUGUGCAUCGACACGUAUGAUAUCCUGGGUGACGGGGUGAAAGACAUCCUUGUUGGCAGGGAUGAUGGGACAGUGGAGGUCUAUGGGUUUGACAGCUCCAAUGAGCCCACAUUGCGCUUUGAGCAUGUGUUAUUGGAGAGCGUCACCUCUAUCCAGGGUGGCUGUGUUGGGAAGGAGUCUUAUGACGAGGUUCUGACAGCCACGUACACAGGAUGGGUGACAGGGCUGACUACAGAGCCCCAGCAGGCAGAGGCAGGCCCUGGAGAUGAAGUCAAGAUGAGUCGGGAGACCCAGAGCAAAGUGGCAGCUCUCAGGGCAGAGCUAGACCAACUGCAGAUGAAGGUCGUUCAGGGCCGUGAGAAGUACCAGCAAACCGCGCAGUCUAGUACGGCGGUCUCUGCCAUGCCCGUGUUCAGCAUCAAUGACAAGUUCACCCUGUGUCAGGAUGAUGCCAGCUACAGCCUGACCCUGGAAGUGCAGACAGCCAUCGACAAUCUGCUGCUGCAGAGUGAUGUACCAAUUGAUCUGCUGGAUGUCGACAAGAACUCUGCUGUCGUGAGUUUCAGCGAAUGUGAUUCAGAGCAGCCAAAAGGCAAUUUUCUCCUCGUUACGUACAGAUGCCAAGCAAAUACUACACGGCUUGAGCUGAAGGUGAGGUCUAUUGAGGGCCAAUAUGGCACCCUACAGGCCUACAUCACCCCACGCCUGCAGCCCAAGACCUGUCAGGUACGCCAGUACCUCAUCAAACCUCUGUCCCUUCACCAGAGAACUCACACCAUUGAACAGGACAGACCCAUGAACACUUUGAGUCUAGUUGGCCAAUUCAGCUUUGCAGAGAUCCACUCCUGGGUCCUCUUCUGCUUGCCAGAGGUCCCAGAGAAGACUCCAGCAGGGGAGAAUAUCACCUUCUACUUCCAGAACACUUUCCUUGGAACGCAGCUGGAAGCCACGUACUGUAAAGGGGAAGGCCACUUCAAGUCUGACAACAUUUCCACCAUCUCCAUACUGAAGGAUGUCCUCUCCAAAGAAGCCACCAAAAGAAAAAACAAUCUCGAUAUUUCUUAUGAUAUCAAUGACGAUUCAGUGGGCCACACACUCAAGAUGAUUCAUCCGAAGCUUGAGUAUCAGCUGCUAUUGGCCAAAAAGGUUCAGCUGAUUGACGCAUUAAAAGAGCUUCAGGUUCACGAGGGGAAUGCGGACUUCCUCAUUCCUGAAUAUCGUAACAUUCUAGACGAAUCUGCCUAUCUGCUAGAGGAAUACAAGAAACAACCAGCUCACCUGGAAAGACUUUAUGGUAUGAUAACGGACCUCUUCAUCGACAAAUUCAAAUUCAAAGGACAGAAUGUGAAGACAAAGGUGUCAUUGCUGCUGGAAGUUUUGGAUAACUACGAUUUGGAUUCUUUGAUGAAUUUCUUCAAUGAGGCAUAAUAUCAAACUUGAGCAAAGAGGAUGCAAACUUUUACACUUUAUUUGUGAUAGCUUUUGUUUUGUUUAGAGUACAGCGUUUACUUUCCAGCUGUGUCUUUUUUUUGUGUAAGAUACUAGAAUUAUGUUACAUAAUCUGAAUUCUUUAUGUCUAAAGCCAUAUUCUGUUGGCCUAGCUAUAUACAGUGCAUUGGAAAAUAUUCAGACCCCUUUCCUUUUUCCACAUUUUGUUAUGUUAUUAUAGCCUUAUUCUAAAAUGGAUUAAAAUAGUUUUUUCCCUCAUCAAUCUACACACUACCCCAUAAUGACAAAGCGAAACAGGUUUUUAGAAAUGUUUGCAAAUGUAUGAAAAAUAAAUAAAUACCUUAAUUAU